UUUCUUUUAUUCUCUAUAUGGUGUUUUUUAUUCUUUUAAUCGCUUUAUCGAGUGUAGUGGCUAUUCAAAAUGGUAUUCGUGUUACUGAUCAAAACAAGUAUCCCUAUUAUGUCAUGAUUGGCAAUCCUCAUGUAUGCGGCGGUACUUUGCUAUCCUAUGACCCAGCGUACAUUUUGACAGCAGCACAUUGUGUUGAUGCACCCGUGCAUCCUACAAGUUAUGUCCGUGAUAAAAAUCCUUACUUUGCAUUAUACAAUAAUAUUCAUCGCACACAUCAAAAAGCAACAGCCAUUGUAGAUUGGGCUAUUCAUCCUCUAUACAACAUAUCUGGCAAUAUUGAUAUUCGGUAUGAUGCUGCUAUUGUUAAACUAGCUUCACCAUUGAUGCCUUCAAAAAGAAUUAAGCGAGUUCCUUUUUGGACACCAGCGAUUGCUUCAAAACCACCUACACAAGCUGAAAUGAUUGGAUUUGGAUACACAGAUAUUGAAGGGCAAUUAGCUCAGGAUUUACAGACGUUGCCUUUGGAUAUUACGAAGUUCGAUUCAGUAGGAAAAGAGUACUUGGAAUCUAGAUCAAGUACUGAGCCUCAUAUCGCUUGUCAUGGAGACUCAGGAGGGCCUUUAGUUGUCUAUUAUCCUACAGUAAAUCCUCAGACAAACGAAACAUCGGAUAUGCCUUAUGUAUUGGGUGAUUUGACGCGUAUCUUUGGUGCUAGAGAUGUGAGCCCAGACAUCCUUACUUGUCCAGUAUCCAUCGCUAGUGCCUUACAUGAUGACAGUACUCAAAAUACAGUGAGCCAAGUAUUUACCAACAGUAUCGCACUUAUUGACUGGAUAUCCAAUGUGACAGAGAUUGCUGUUGAGGAUUUAAGAGAUCCUUUUUAUGAACCACCUUGUAAGUUGUAUUUCUAGCUAGUUCAAGUAUUCACGAUAUAUUUAGUUGACUAUAGCGAGGGUGAAGAAGAGGACCCAGAUGGAGAGUUGCAUCCGGCCUGGCGCAUUGGUGUGGUUGUUGAAAACAACGGCCUUUUGGAUACAAAAGAAGCACAGCAUUUUUGGAUUGGAGCAUUAAUGAAGAAUCUUUUAGCACUGCGGGAAGAUACAGAAUCAUCCAUGUCAACAGCAUUAUCAUACAGUAAACACUUUUUAUCUUUUUG